AUGUCUUCUACCGAGCCUGACAACACCAACACCGACGGCGAACAAGACGCAGAUACCACAAACCUCUCGAUCUUCGGUCCACCCACAGCGGAGGAGCUUCGCGAUCAGCUCAAUGCACAAGUUUCAGAGAAGGACGAGCAACUCAUCGUCAUCGCUGCCGAGCUCGCAAAAAUCGAACAAGACUACCAAACUGCGCUCGCGAACAACGCCGAUCCCUCCACUGUCCGUCACUAUGAGGAACUCAAGCAAGCGCAUACUGCACUUGUAGAGCGAUGUCUCAGAGAGUUCAACGAGCUUAUGCGACAAUGCCUCUGCGCGCGCCGAGGAGCGAACGCUUAUCUCGAGAAGAAAAUUCAAAGAUACAAUGCAGAAGUCCAAAGGAUGAAGGAUGAAGCAAAGGAACGGAAGGCAAAACGCGAGGAAGCAGCGAGAGUCAGGGAGGACAAGAAGCGGUGGCGGAGUUUGCCAGUUGAGGAGAGGAAGAGGAUACGUCGAGAGCAGCAGAGGGAAAUCAGCGUGCUGAGGAGGAAAUAUGCCGCUUUUAUCGUUGCGAAAGAAGCUCUGGAGAUCGAAGCCGAGGCUCUACGAGCCAGAAGGAAGGCUAGGUAUGCUCAUAUGGAUCGGUGGGACGGGAUAUUUGAGUGGUACAGUGAGGCUCUCUUGAGGCAUCGAGUUUACAAGAUGCUUGAGGACCUUGGGAUGCGUUACUGCUGA